UCUUCCACCCUCCACUACUCAUCUUGUUCCAGUCAUGUCACGGACGUCUUACGAUAGGUACCUCACCGUCUUCUCGCCAGAAGGACGCCUGUACCAAGUCGAAUAUGCAUUCAAAGCCAUCUCGGGCUCAGGACACACAUCAAUCUCAGUCCGUGGAAAGGACACCGCUGUGGUUGUCAUCCAGAAGAAGAUCCCCGACAAGCUUCUCGAUGCUUCAACCGUCACCCAUCUAUACAGUAUCACUCCUUACAUCGGUUGCGUCAUGACUGGUCUUGUCGCGGAUGCAAAACACCAAGUCUACCGCGCACAGAGCGAGGCCGCUCAGUUCCGGUUCAAGUAUGGCUACGAGAUCACACCGGACGCGCUCGCGAGGAGAAUGGCGAACAUCAACCAGGUCUAUACGCAGAGGGCUGCCAUGAGACCUCUAGGAAUUUCCAUGAUCCUCAUCGGUAUCGACCCCGAGCUCGGACCUCAAGUCUUCAAGCUCGACCCGGCAGGGUUCUUUGUCGGCUUCCACGCCACCGCUGCGGGCCAGAAACAACAAGAGGCGAUGAACCACCUCGAGAAGAAGUGGAAGAAGCUCGACAACGGGCGGGGUGCGGAGGACGCUGUGAGUGCGGGGAAGACGUUGUCGAGGGGGGAGGUCAUCGAGAUGGCAAUCGAAGCCCUCUCGACCGUCCACGCCACAGACUACAAAGCCGGCGAGGUCGAGAUCGGCAUCGUGUCCACCGCAGAGGACGAGGAUCCGAAAGUGCGUGGCAAGUGGCGGACGAUGGGCGAGGCAGAGGUAGAGCAGCAUUUGCUCGCGUACGCUGAGAAGGACUAGGACACUGUAUUGGAGAAUUAAGACGAGCCCGAUUAUUCAUUUUGCGUUGACUGUGUUUUUUUGUCGUGUAAUAUCAGAUGCGAUUUCGGAAAGCUUGCGUUAACUUGC